UGCCAAUCAUCAGGUAAUCUUUCAAUAAUGGCGGCCGAAGAACUUUGGACCGAGCGCCUGUCCCGAGCAAGUUCUGCAACAAUGCGGUGAAAACCCCGUAAAGAAUUGUUCUUUUGGCUCAGAUUCCGUCCAAUAGAAUCAAUGGAAGCCGGGGACGAUGUUUACGCCGAGGGAAGAGCGUCGGCGGCGAGACGGGACUGGAUGCGGGCAUCCGGCGCGUCACUGUCUCGACUGGACCAGGUCCGACCCAACGUGUACACCAUGGGCGCCCAGGACCCGAGAACACUGCGGGCCGGUAGCGCCAGGCGACGCCGGUCCUCAGGUAGACAGCCGGGAAGCACGCCGUACCAACAGAUCGACACAGAACCACCCCUGGCCGGAAUCACAUAUCAGAAAACUGCAUGGGGGAGUCAGACGUCCAUCCCGGAGCUGAUCAGACAGCAGAGCGAGAGACAGCGCCCGCAGAGCGGUAGGCGGCCAUGGAGCGGGAGGGGGGUGCCGCCCCCUCCGCAACGGAAGGACAGUCGCGAACAACCCCCUCCACCGAGGGCACCAGGGGGGCUGAUAGCAGUUUUAGGAGAGAAAUACUCGCCGUCAGAGCGUCCUCCGAGCGGAGUGGCGACACACAACACGUCCACGUGGGUGCCCCGCGGCCGCGGCGCGAAAGACGAAGACGCGGAAGACACAGAUCGAAUCAUCCAAGAGAUCCUCAGCAGCCAGGACCAGACUGACAAGUCUCUAGCUAAGAUGACAAGGCUGUAUGGAGAGGGAGAGCCACCGCCCCCUCCCCGAGGGUCACCUGACCUGGAGCAGAUGAUCAAAGACCUGCCCUCCCAGUCAGACCUGCAGCAGGGCAGUCCACAGCAGGAUGGUUCAGAAGGGCAGCAGGAACCUACAACUGAAAUCUUGGUGCGGCAGGCGCCAGUGCCCCCGACUGUACCGCUUUUGCGGAGACCCGCGCCCGAACCCAUCCGCUUCGCCAUUCCAACGGGAGACGAGGACGAAGGCAACGGAGACGACAGCGAUGAAGAUCACAGAAGAAUAAGUACGAGCAGCAAGGAGGUAACUAAGGAUGUGGACAUUGUCAGCAUCACCAGCGAUACGUCGUCCCCGAGACUGUUACCCUCAACUUCUACAGCACUACACGCACAAGGAACGGACGAACAAACAAAUGUUGCAAGAAAGUUAAACGUCACUAUCAACGAGGGUCAGAAUGUACUGAUUAACAUUACUCCUCGAGAUAUUGCAUCAAGUGACGGUAACACAGAGCCCCCUAGCAGGCGCCCCAGAAGUGCAACGGUGGAGCGAAAGCCUGACACGAGCCUACAGUCUCUGCAAGAAGAGCUCGGGCUCACGGCUAAAGACGAGAGACAGAGAACGGCGUCUCCUAGAGGAGUACGGUCUGCGGUGAAGUCUCCGAGGUUGGUUAAACGUAGGGUCAAGUCUGCGAAGGCAAGACUCGAUGUACGGACGGUAUCUGUAGAGUACGGGGAGGAAAGAGAUGAGGACAAGGACGAGAAAGAGGAGGAAAAAACUACCGCAGAAAAUGAGCUCAAGAAGAGAAGAAGACGACGUCCAGACGAGGUUGAAACCAUGGUCUCUCGUAUCCCAAUCUCCGACUCAGAAGAGCACCAGUCAUCACAAUUUGUUGCAACAAACGAGGGUAGAACGGAAACUAGAAAAACACAAGUCAGCUCUGUCAACUCCAACAGAAACUACUACCAGCUGUCCUUACAGCAGAGCGAAAAGUACAAGACGGUAAAAACGAUCGAGUUUGCGGAUGGCGGGCCAUCGGAAACGAAGACGAAGACCCUGAUCAGUGUGACGGAGAGGCCUGAAGGUGUCCGAUCGGGAGUCUGGGAUGUGGGGGCUGGGGAGGGGAAAGAAAACCACCUCGGCAUCAAGAGACCGAUGUCUGCCCAAAGGAUUGUGUCCAGGCCACCUCCAAGACCAGAGUGUCGGCAGGGGUACUAUGCAGACAUGGACAGGCCUCAGCUAGAGACACCAGAACAGGCAGUAGACAUAGACCUGGAGCCUCCACGGAGCCCCUCUGCACUACAACAAGCUAUGGCUCUGAAUCAGAAGCCUCCCAGACCCCACUCAGCCAAGGUCCCCAGCAGAGGUCUGGCAAAGAGCCCCAGAAAACAUUCCCACCGCAGGCCCAGGUCUGCUACAGUAGGCAGCACGGGUGCAAAGAAGGAAGAAAAGGCUGUAAGCCGGGCCUUGGUUCCAGCGGCGCCCAAACCUAGCACAGCAGAACUGAGAAGAAACAGAGCGGCAGUGAAAGCCCUGAAGGCCGGUACCCUGUGUAAGGAGAAGGCAUACAUCGCCCCCUCCCCUCCCGUACAGGCGGUGAAGCCCAUCGUCAGGAAAACCAACCGGAGGAAGGACAGUUCCAGCUCAGACGAAGAACUGGUGGAGAAAAUGUUGCUGGCCAGACAGGAGGAUGUAAAUGAGACUAACACCCCUCGCACUGCAGAAUGUAAGGACAUCUAUGAUAGGCUGCAGGAGAAGGGCGUGGUCGUUUCCAUGGACACCAUCAAGAAAGGGUUGAUACCGCCUGAGGAAAAAACUUUCUCCGAGUGCACAUCCAAGCUUCCUACCAACACUACUACAAGCCUACUGAGCAGCCCUGAAGUCUGGCUCAGCACCGAGUUCAAAAGGCUGCGAUUGGCUGAAAAGGCUGUGGAACUGGCCAAUGAGAGACUGGCCCAGCAGCAGCGGGAAGAGAGAGGGGAAACUGACAAGGCAAAGGCUAAGAAAAAGAAGAAGACACCGAGUGGAAGCAAGAAGAAACACAAGAGAUCAGCUACUACCAGCUAAUGUGUUAUCAGAGUACCUCGGCAGAAAUCAGUGGACAUAUUUAUGUAGGGGAAGCAGGGCUCGAAAUUCAUUUUUGGGAAUAGGUGCACUGGUGCACCCAACCUAAAAAAUUACAAAAAAUGUUUGGGUGCACCAAAUAAAACAAAACUUACUGCUCCCCUUCUGAGCUUGAAUCUGAAAUGGGAGCUAACUUCAAAAUCUUAAACAAGUAUGAUAACAAAGAUUUUAUCAUUUUUCU